GCGUUAUGCGCUCGUGAAUUAAUAAACAAUUCAAGAUGGCGCCGUGUAUAGCGUUGGCUGGCCGUCGCUCUGUGUUGUCUAUUUCAUUGGUUCUGCUUUUAUGUGUAUGUUUCAUUAACCCGAACUACUCUCUUUGGACUUACUGCAAAACUUUGCUUCACAUUCGCGCAGUGAUGGCAGAUGUCACUCCGAGCGGAGAAUGUUGUUUACCCCCGAAGCGGACUCGGAAUCGGACUAACCGCCGGCGAAAGCGUGGCAACCGGGCUGGAGUCGCCGUGAAAGCUAGAGCCGCGGAGCUGCUUGAAAUACAGCAGUUGGCUCGAGGAAGCAAGCCUCCGAGAGGAGUACUUCUCAGCAAUCUGAGCUAUAUCGAAUCGGAUGUGGUCUCGAAUGGAACUUCAUCGCCCCCGUUGGAGUCUGCACUGCUCUGUAAACCUCCGGAUAAAGAGGUUGCAGAUGUUCCUGCGCCGAUGACGAUGCUCCCGCCGCCGCCGCCGAUCCCGCCGACCACGGCGUCUGUGGAGGAGCUGAUCCAGCAGAGCCAGUGGAACCUCCAGCAGCAGGAGCAACACCUGCUCAGCCUCAGACAGGCGCAAGCGAUGGCCGCCAUCUCUCUGGCGAUGGAGCAGCAGAUGCAGAAACUGCUGGUGGAGACGCAGCUGGACAUGAACGAGUUCGACAACCUGCUCCAGCCCAUCAUAGACACCUGCACCAAAGAUGCCAUGUUGGCUGGAAAGAACUGGAUGUUCAGUAAUGCUAAGACCCCGCCGCACUGCGAGCUGAUGGCGUCGCAUCUCAGAAACCGCAUCACUGCGGACGAGGCACAUUUCGAACUCCGCCUGCAUCUCAUUUAUCUGACUAAUUGCGUCCUGCAUCACUGUCAGAGGAAAAGUCAGAGGGAUCUUUUGGCGGCUCUACAGAAGGUUGUGGUUCCCAUUUACUGCACCAGUUUCCUGGCUGUAGAGGAAGACAAGCAGCAGAAAAUCACCCGCCUACUGCUGCUCUGGGAGAAGAACAGCUACUUUGACGAAGUCACCAUUCAGCAGCUUCAGAGUCCGGCUCUGGGCCUCGGACAGUAUCAGGCGUUGCUCAUCACGGAGUACGCGCCGGUGGUGCAGCCCGUCCAGAUGGCCUUCCAGCAGCAGAUCCAGGUGCUGAAGACGCAGCACGAGGAGUUUGUGAACAAUCUGAAGCAGCAGCAGACGGUGGCAGUGACCUCUCUGCCUGGAGAUCUGAUGCCUCCAUUGGCCGGAUGGUUUGCUCCACAGCAGAGCAUGCCGGUGUGGAACCCGCAACAACCUCCACCAUUCGACCCGUCUCAAGCCCUGCCCCCCUGGCCGCCCUGGCCGCCCUGGAGCAGCUACAAGGGCAUGUGGAAUGAGCAGCGGUACCCCAACUGGAGUGGCCCUUGGGAUGGGGGCCCCGCAAGCCCCUGGAGUGGUCAGUUUGACCAGCCGCCGUGGAGCAGCCAGCCGGAUCAACCGCCGCCAUGGGGCCAGAGGGAGCCUCCCUUCCGCAUGCAGGAUCUGCCGUUCAACCAGCCGCCGCCACCACACAACUUCGGACACUUUCCGCCGUGCUUCAUGCAGCACGAGUUUCCUCCGCGGCAUCAUUUAGAACGGCUGCCAUAUCCACCGCACCGAUUCGACUACCCACAGGGAGACUUCCCAGGAGGUGAGACCUCAGCUUUUCUGUUCGGAAUACUACUAGAGUUAAAAAUGACUCUGAUUUCAUGA